AUGUUUCUGCUGGCCGUCCUGCUCUUGCUCGCCUCUGCGGCCAACGCUGCCGCCGUGGGUCCACGGAAUACGACUUACGACACGGCCUACGACACGACGCUCACACACUUUACCGCUGCUCUCAAUCCACCAAAGCUCGACAGUGGCCCGCAUUGGCCACACCCAUCGCACAAGAUUGACUGCGAUGUAACCUUUCAGCGCUACAACAAUUAUGCUUACCUCUGGACGCUUGUAAGGAUACAGGUCGAAUGGAUCAGAGAGGAAGGGCCCAAGUAUUGGACGCUCCCCGAGGGUACACCAAAGGGGACUUUGGUCAGGGUUGGUUGCUGCAACGGGGCUUCGUACAACAUUGUUGUUCAGGAAACCCUCCAAAAGCCCAUCGCCAUCGCGGGUGCGGAGGUCACCACCAUGGGACUGGCUGCGGCGGACCACUGCAAGCAGGGUGACCGGACCAAAGGCAGGGCGUGGGCGCAGAACAGGCUUUUCACCAUCGAGGUCUUCCAAGAUGAACACAAGUGCGGAAAAAAAUGCUGGCAGGGGGACUAG